AUGGGGAGAAAUAAAACAACACCCAGACUCUUAUCAAGUGGUCGACCUCCCACAUUGAAGAAAGCAAAGUCGAUAUCUCGAAAAGAAACCAGGGCACUUAUAAACACGCAUCACAUGCUACAAAAGAAGCGGCAGCAGGCUUUGGCCAGAAACGACGAGAAGGAAGCAGCAGCCUUGACAGCAAAAAUCUCUGCUCUUGGUGGAAUUGAGGAGUAUCAGCGAGCCAGCCUUCAGGGUCAGAGGUUAGACCGCGGCGGAGACAGCUCCAAGGUGCUCUUGGACUGGUUAAGAUCAAGAAAGUUCCAGCCAGACAGCACCCGAACCAAAGCCAAAGAUGACGGCGAUGAUGGCGAAUAUCGCCGGUUACGCAUGCUUGAAGUUGGCGCACUCAGCACCGACAAUGCCUGCUCCAAGAGUGGCUAUUUUGAGAUGGAACGCAUCGACCUCAACAGUCAACAAUCGGGCAUUCUCCAGCAGGAUUUCAUGGAGCGGCCACUCCCCAAGGACGACACCCACCGGUUCGACAUCAUCUCGCUUAGUCUGGUGUUGAAUUACGUUCCUGACCACUCUCUGCGCGGGCAGAUGCUUCUCCGGACGCUCUCAUUUCUUCGACAGCCUGAUGACAACUUCUCGCAGGGUACGAGCAAUAUCUUCCCUUCACUAUUUCUUGUUCUCCCAAGAAGUUGUAUUUCCAAUUCGCGUUACUUCUCUCAAGAUCGACUGGUUGAGUUGAUGACAUUGUUGGGAUAUGUCCAACUCGAAGGCAAAGUCACGAAUAAGCUAGCCUACUCUUUCUGGAAAAAAGCAAGCUCUCCACACCAACCCAUGCCGCCCUUUACCAAGAGGGAGGUCAAUUCAGGCAUAGAUCGAAAUAACUUCACCAUUACACUGAAGGCACCAUGA